AUGGAAAAAAAAUCCACAUCCUCCCUCCUAUCUACCCCACCCUGCCGGGAUGUCAUUAUCGAAAUAGAAGACACCAAACCAUUACUGGCUUCGAAGCUGACAGAAAAGGAGGAAGAAAUCGUUGACUGGUGGAGUAAAUUUUAUGCUUCCACAGGAGAACAUGAAAAAUGUGGACAAUGUGUUCAGAAAGGAUAUUCGAAACUCAAGAUAUAUGAUUGUGAACUAGAGGAUGUAACAGAAUUUGAAGGCCUGACAGACUUCUCAGAUACUUUUAAGCUGUAUCGAGGCAAAUCAGAUGAAAAUGAAGAUCCCUCUGUGGUAGGAGAGUUUAAGGGUUCCUUUAGAAUCCACUCUCUGCCGGAUGACCCCAGCGUGCCGGCCCCUCCCAGGCAGUUUUGGGAAUUACCUGACAGCGUCCCACAGGAAUGCACGGUUAGGAUUCACAUUGUUCAAGGCUUAGAGCUCCAGCCCCAGGACAACAGUGGCCUGUGUGACCCUUAUAUAAAAAUAACACUGGGCAAAAAAGCAAUAGAAGAUCGAGACCACUAUAUCCCCAACACCCUCAACCCAGUUUUCGGCAGAAUGUAUGAACUGAGCUGCUACUUACCUCAAGAAAAAGAUCUGAAAAUUUCUGUCUAUGACUACGACACCUUUACCCAUGAUGAAAAGGUGGCAGAAACAAUUAUUGAUCUGGAAAACCGAUUCCUUUCCCGGUUUGGGUCUCACUGCAGCAUACCUGAGCAGUACUGUGUUUCUGGAGUAAACACCUGGCGAGAUCAACUGAGACCAACUCAGUUGCUUCAAAAUGUAGCCAGGUUCAAAGGCUUCCCACCACCCAUCCUUUCUGAAGAUGGAAAUAGAAUCAGAUAUGGAGGGCGAGACUACAGUUUGGAUGAAUUUGAAGCCAACAAAAUCCUGCACCAGCACCUCGGGGCCCCCGAUGAGCGUCUGGCCCUUCACAUCCUCAGGACUCAGGGGCUGGUCCCCGAGCAUGUGGAAAUGAGGACUUUGCACAGCACCUUCCAGCCCAACAUUUCCCAGGGGAAACUUCAGAUGUGGGUGGAUGUUUUCCCUAAGAGUUUGGGGCCACCAAGCCCUCCUUUCAACAUCACCCCCAGGAAAGCUAAAAAAUACUACCUGCGUGUGAUCAUCUGGAAUACCAAGGACGUCCUCUUGGUUGAGAAGAGCAUCACAGGAGAGGAAAUGAGUGACAUCUAUGUCAAAGGCUGGAUUCCUGGCAAUGAAGAAAACAAACAGAAAACAGAUGUCCAUUACAGGUCCUUGGAUGGGGAAGGGAAUUUUAACUGGAGAUUUGUUUUCCCAUUUGACUGCCUCCCAGCUGAACAACUCUGUAUCAUUGCUAAAAAAGAGCAUUUCUGGAGUAUUGACCAAACUGAAUUUCGGGUCCCACCCAGACUGAUCAUUCAGAUAUGGGAUAAUGACAAGUUUUCUCUGGAUGACUAUUUGGGUUUCCUGGAACUUGAUUUGCAUCACACCAUCAUUCCAGCAAAAUUAUCAGAGAAAUGCAGUUUGGAUAUGAUUCCAGACCUCAAAGCCAUGAACCCCCUUAAAGCAAAAACUGCCUCACUGUUUGAGCAGAAGUCCAUGAAAGGCUGGUGGCCGUGCUACGCAGAUAAAGAUGGCUCCCGCGUGAUGGCUGGGAAAGUGGAGAUGAUGUUGGAAAUCCUCAAUGAGAAGGAGGCAGACGAGAGGCCAGCCGGGAUGGGACGGGAUGAACCCAACAUGAACCCCAAGCUGGACCCACCAAACCGACCAGAAACCUCCUUCCUCUGGUUCACCAACCCAUGUAAGACCAUGAAGUUCAUUGUGUGGCGCCGAUUUAAGUGGGUGAUCAUUGGCCUGCUGAUCCUACUGAUCCUGCUGCUCUUUGUGGCCGUGUUCCUGUACUCCUUACCGAAUUAUUUGUCAGUGAAGAUUGUGAGGCCAAAUGCAUAGUGAAAGCGAAAGCUUCGUUGCAAGACAUCCAGCAAUGAGGGAUUCUGUCUCUGUUUAUGGCUGGGACCAAGAGUGAUUUUGUUCAUGUCUGACACUACAUCCCGGUGGCUUGUUAUGUUACUUCAUCGAGGCCAGCA